UUAAUACCUUACGGCCUUUGCAGGUGUCCAAUGAUGACACCGUUCUGUUGUCUUAUUGUACUGGGUCUAUUGGACAUGGUCUUUAUUCCAGCCGUGUCUGGAAUAGUGUGUAUGUCCGACGCCCGAUGUAGGAAUAUGAUGAAUGUCGAGCCCGAUGAAGAGGCUUACUGUCAAUUCAACUUUUUCAGAGUUGGCUGCUGUCACGUCAGAAAAAGACCAGCACAUUGGACAGCAUGGAGUCAGUGGGGACACUGCAGUGUGACUUGUGGUUCGGGAACAAGUUCAUCGACUAGAACCUGCACCGGAAGCGGAUCUUGUUCCGGAUCAUCUUUAAAAACUAAAACUUGUCAAGCGUAUCCUUAUUACUGUCCAGUUACAGUUGACGGGUACUUUGAAGAUUGGAAUGAAUGGAGCUCGUGCCUUCAAACCUGUGGGUCGGGGUAUAGGACGAGGUCACGUGCUUGUAUACCUCCUAAAAAUGGCGGUGCUCCCUGCAGUCAGAAUAACCGAGAGACACAGCAGUGUGUGUUGAAGCAUUGUCCUGUUGACGGAUACCUCGAGGACUGGAGUAAUUGGAGCACGUGCAGUCAAACCUGUAGUUCUGGACUAAGAACCAGGUCACGUGCAUGUAUACCUCCCCAAUACGGCGGAGCACCUUGCAGCCAGAACGACCGAGAGACACAGCAAUGUAUGCUGAUGCCUUGUCCGGGAUUAUCCUGCCCCGAAUGUGAUGCAGACUUAAAUUGUGUAAGGAAUCGGACCUGCUCACCUGGUGAAGUUUGUAUGAUUCGGAACCGUCCAUUCAACGUUAAUUGUGUCACGAAACAUGACUGCACAUUGCAGAAAAUUACGCCUGGUGCUGAGAUCGAGUGUUGUAAAGAUGACCAGUGUGUCACUAAUAUCAUACCUUAAAAUGGCUUUUGCGAAAAUAAUAAAAAAAACCCAGAAAAAACCUUGAAAUUAUUCUAUAGAAAGGUACAGAGGAAAAUAAAGAGGAGAGAUAUGAACAGAGAGUAAACUGUUGUGCAGUGAAUUUAUGUUACAAUGAAAAAAUGAAAACAAACCGUCAAUCAUCUCAAAAUUCCAUAAAACAAAUUCAAAGCAGAGCAACACGGACCUCCAAAAAGAUAGAGGUAGGAUCAGGUGCCUAGGAGGAGUGAGCAUCAUCUGCUGACCGAUCACACCCGCUGUGUGCUCUUAGUCUAAAUUUAAAAAAAGCCAAAAAAAAAACAAAAAACAAAAAAACCGAAAAAGUCUGUAGACAAUUAGGUGAUUAAAUAUGGUCUAACAAUUAGUAUGAAAAACGUCAGUCAGCAUGCGACCCAGUGGAAGAUUGCAUUUGCUGACAAGGUCGUUGUAUAGACCAUAGGACUUACGAAAAGAUGACUUCCAACGAGAUUGUUGAAAGUUCUGUUUUAUCAACUUGUUUGUCACUAGCCUGCUUCGCCUUAGGAACUGUUUAUACGAAGAACAUGCCCUUGCGUAUCGAAUUAACUGAGAGUCAAAAACACCAUAUGCAGGUGAUGAAGGUAUUUUGCUACAUAAG